CCCCGGUGUCCCGGUGCCCCCGGGGGACGCAGCCCCGGGACCCCGUGCACUGGAGCCCCGGAACCCCGGGCAUUGCAGCCCCGGGCCCCCGCCGUGUCCCGGUCCCCCCCGCUCGGUUCAGCCCCGCUGCAUCCCCGGGGCCCGGAGCUCGGCACCGCCGCCGCCUCCCGGUGCCUGCGGCGCUCAGUGCAGGCGCUGCCGGACCCCGCUCCGCCGCCGAGCGGCCUCCCCGGCGAUGGUGGAGCCCCCCAACUUCUCGUGGGUGGCACAGGGGCGGCUGGCGGGGCUGGCUAUGCCGCGGGAGCCGGGGCAUUACCGGUUCCUGCUGGGCCAGGGCGUGCGGCACCUGGUGUCGCUGUCGGAGCGGCCGCCCCCCCACCACGGCUGCUGCCCCGCGGUGCAGCUCCACCGGAUCCGCGUGCCCGACUUCAGCCCCCCGACGCCCGGGCAGAUCCAGAGCUUCCUGCAGCUGGUGGAGGAGGCCAACGGCCGCGGGGAGGCGGUGGCGGUGCACUGUAUGCUGGGGCACGGCCGGACGGGCACCAUGCUGGCCUGCUACCUGGUGAAGACGCAGAAGAUGAGCGGCGGCGACGCCAUCCGGGAGAUCCGCAGGCUGCGGCCAGGCUCCAUUGAGACGCGGGAGCAGGAGCAAGCUGUGAUCCAGUUCCACCAGCGCUUCAGCGCUGGAAAGGAUAUCGAGGAGGCGUGAGCAGGAGUUUCUCCCCGAGCAGCGUGUGCCAGACGGAGGUCGAAGGAGAUGCUUGCUCUGAUGCGCUGGGGGAGCCUUGCCCAGCCCUGCGGUGCCACCGUCCGUCCCGCCCCCCAUUAAAGGACUUUCCCGUG